AUGGAGACUUUACCAGCCGUGCCGGAGUUCUCGAUAGAGCCCGGUCUUUUACAUCAACUACCAGAGGAGCUAGCACAAUCGAUUCUCAAAGCUCCAGCCAAUACCCAGCAGGAUCAACUGGUUCUGGCAGCUCUAGACCCGAGCUAUACGGCUACACUAUUCCCAUUACUAGAGCCAGUGUUUGUGGAUAUUGCUGCUCGGUGGCUCUUACUGGACUUGAAUGUUCAUUUUGAACAUGUAAUAUCGGCAUUUUCACUGAUUUUGCCCCAUUCUCCAUAUCUACGACCGCUUGCUGAAAGGGUUCUUCAAGCUCAGAAUGUGGGCUUGCCAUUGUUCUCUGAGCAAUGUCCCUCAGACGUUUCCCAUAUCAAUGACGGAUCUCUUCUCUCAUUACUCCUCUCAGCUUUUCGACUGUUAAGUUUCGACGCGGACACAUUUUCGCCAUAUGUGUUUCCUAACCAGCUUCAAGCUCUGUUCUCACAUUCAAAUAAGAUAAUACGGUGUAUGGCAGUCCGUUGUUUUUGUCUGCACAUAAAGGCUGCAGAUGCUGUUUUGGAGAACAUGCUCCACCGUUAUUGCGGUGACGGUCCCCUUGACAAUACCUUGGAAGGUCAGCUUAUUGAUUUCAGGUUGAUCAGCUUCUGGGAGGAACAGAGAUAUAAAGAACUUGAAACAGCGCUAGAAACAGCUCGUCAAAAUCGCAAUGGAAGCUUCUUUGAUCUAUGGAUCAAGAAUUUUAGGUCAUUAGAUUAUACGGCAGAAAUCGGUGGCAUUCUUGUUCCUUCCCUGAGGCAGAAGACUAGUUCCCAGGCCUUUAAGCUUGUUCAGACACCUGCUGUUAGAGCCAAUCUUCGCAAGGUGGGAGAAGCACUUCUAUCUCAAGACCCUUUAUUACUUGUUGGACAACCAGGAGCUGGGAAGACGUCUCUGGUCAUGGAAGCUGCAAGCGAAAUGGGAAACUUGUCCUCAAUGAUAACCCUUCAUUUAAACGAGCAAACGGAUUCAAAGAGCUUAUUAGGCGUCUACUCCACUUCGGGACAAAGUGGCAGCUUCAAAUGGCAGCCGGGAGUAUUAACCCAAGCUGCGAGGGAAGGAAGGUGGAUUUUAAUCGAAGACUUGGAUCGCGCACCUGCUGAAGUGAUUUCGGUCAUUUUACCCUUGAUUGAGAACAGGGAACUUGUAAUUCCGAGUCGCCGAGAACAUAUUCGUUGUGCUGAAGGAUUCCGCAUUAUUGCAACCAUGAGAUCAUUCUUAAAUAACAGAGGGGAUGAUGUGGCUCCAGGUAUGACGAUGCUAGGCGGCCGUUUGUGGAAUACAAUUCGCAUUUCACCUUUACCCGUGGAAGAGGUCUCUCAAAUAAUCAAGAAUGAAUUCCCAUUACUAAACAUUACCCGAUACGCCGAUACUUUCUUAACGCUAUACUUUCGAGUUAUAUCCACGUUCCUUGGAUCUGGGGCAUCCAGACGGGUGCAAGGGAGGCCGAUUGGCCUUCGUGACUUAAUGAAAUUUUGCAACAGGGUCGAGACUCGUUUACGAAAGCUAGGGAUCAAGAGCGGGAACGAAUCAGUGCCAGCUCGGAUUGAUGAUGAAAUAUUCAUGGACGCUGUUGACUGUUUUGCGGCUCAUAUCCCAAACAAUGAACUGCAUUUGGCGCUUGCAAGCAGUAUUGCUGAAGAAAUGCAUAUUUCCCCACAAAAAUGGAAAUUUUGCCUAUCAGAACGUGUACCGAAUUAUUCCGAUGAACUUUCAGAAUUAUUGAUUGGAAGGGAGGUUUGCUCAAAGAUUCAAUCACGGAGUAUGGCAGGGGCAAGGACUAAUCAAGCUAAGUCAUUUGCGGCAACGAAGAGUUCUUUACGACUAAUGGAACAGGCUGCUGCUGCCCUUCAAGUUUCGGAACCUAUCCUACUUGUUGGAGAGACUGGUAUUGGUAAAACUGCAGUUGUCCAGCAACUGGCAUCGCUUUUAAACCAAAAGUUGACAGUUGUCAAUUUAUCCCAACAAAGCGAGGCUUCUGACCUUCUGGGUGGGUACAAGCCUGUCAAUCUUCGAUCAAUAGCAGUACCUCUCGUGGACGAGUUCAACGCCUUGUUUGAGUCUACAUUCUCUGUCAAGAAAAAUCAGAAGUUCCUAUCUUCUGUUGCAAAGAGUGUUACUUCUGGGAAUUGGCCACGACUCGUCAAUGUCCUAAAUGAGGCUGUCAAAAUGGUUUCUGACUUAUUUGGUACCUCCAAAAAGACCCAAACCGAUAUCAAAGAGGCGGCAGAACAACCAGCGAAAAAGAGAAAGCUUGAUAGCCCCAAAUAUAGCUCAUUGUUAGCAAAAUGGUCUUCAUUCACCUCCGAUUUCAGAGAGUUUGAAGCCAGGGUUUUGCAAGGAGAUGCCAAAUUCUCAUUCGCCUUUGUCCAGGGAAAGAUUGUGAAAGCCCUGAGGAAUGGGGAAUGGGUGCUUCUGGAUGAGAUCAAUCUUGCAUCGCCUGAUACCUUGGAGAGUAUUGCCAGUUUAUUGCACCAUGGGCGCGACGGUAAUCCUUCAGUGCUCCUCUCCGAGGCUGGAGAGAUGGAACGAGUUAUUGGUCAUCCAAAUUUCCGGAUCUUUGGAGCAAUGAACCCUGCCACGGAUGCAGGGAAGCGUGACCUUGCCCCUGGGUUAAGAUCAAGAUUUACAGAGCUCUACGUCAGAUCUCCAGACAGCGACAUAGAUGACCUACUGAGUCUGAUACGUACCUACCUUGGCCCCCUACUGAAUCACGAUUCUCGUGUCGCCUCGGAUCUUGCGAAUAUCUAUCUCGAAACGAAACGUUUAGCUAUGGAGAAUCAAUUGACUGACGGAGCUGGACAUAAACCCCAUUUUAGCAUCCGAACUCUUGUCCGUACCUUGAUGUAUGUGACCGAUCAGGCGCAUAUAUACGGAGUUCGUCGUGCUAUAUAUGAAGGUUUCUCCAUGAGCUUUUUAACACUUUUGAGCAAGGAUUCUGAACGUCAAGUUAUCCCUUUACUGGAGAAACAUAUAUUUGGGAAGGUUGGAAAUGCAAGAUCCAUACUUUCUCAGACUCCCAGAGAGUUCAAAGAUGGAGCAGAAUAUGUUCAGUAUAAACACUAUUGGAUGCAAAAGGGUGAUUUCCCACCAGAGUCCCAACCACACUACAUUAUUACCCCCUUUAUCGAAAGGAAUCUUAUGAAUCUCGUCAGAGCCAGUUCAACUCGGCGAUUUCCCAUUCUAUUACAGGGACCAACUUCUUCUGGAAAAACCAGCAUGGUUGAGCAUCUGGCCAAACUCUCUGGAAACCGAUUUGUGAGGAUCAAUAAUCAUGAACACACGGAUCUUCAGGAAUAUCUAGGUUCUUAUGCUACUUCUGAAGAUGGCACUUUAAAGUACCAGGAUGGCGUCCUUGUCGAGGCUUUGAAAAGAGGAUACUGGAUUGUGCUUGAUGAGCUUAAUCUUGCACCAACCGAUGUUCUCGAGGCUCUAAAUCGUCUACUUGAUGACAACAGGGAGCUUUUCAUCCCCGAAACACAAGAAGUAGUCCGCCCACACCCCAACUUCAUGUUAUUUGCUACUCAAAACCCCGCGGGUCUCUAUGGAGGAAGGAAGGUGUUGUCUCGUGCAUUCAGGAAUCGAUUUCUUGAAUUGCAUUUUGAUGAUAUACCCGAAGAUGAACUCGAGUUUAUAUUGAAGGAACGUUCACAAAUCCCACCGUCAUUCUGCACCCGGAUAGUCUCUGUAUAUCGACAGCUGUCUAUCCUACGUCAAUCAAACCGACUCUUUGAACAGAGAAACAGUUUUGCGACACUUCGUGAUCUCUUCAGGUGGGCUAUGAGACGCGCAGAUGACCGAGAACAACUGGCUGUGCAUGGCUUUAUGCUCCUUGCUGAAAGAGUAAGGAAUCGCCAGGAGAGGAGCGCUGUGAAAAAGGUGAUAGAGAAAGUCAUGGGUGUGAAACUGGAUGAAAAUGAAAUAUACAGUAAAUCCGCCGUUGAAACACGACUGAAGCAUUUAUCCGCGGCAGUUCCAUCCAAUAUCGUUUGGACACCUGCUAUGAGGAGGCUCUUCAUCCUUGUGUCCGAAGCUGUUGAGCAUAACGAGCCUGUUCUUCUAGUCGGAGAAACUGGGUGUGGUAAAACUCAGAUAUGCCAGGCUAUUGCAGAAGUCUAUGGCAAAGAGCUAUUCAUUGUCAAUGCCCACGUCAAUCUGGAAACAGGAGAUCUUAUUGGUUCCCAGCGACCUAUAAGGAAUCGCUCCUCAAUCAUUCAUCAGCUUGAGAGAGAUAUAACUUUGGCCUUAGAACAAGCCCACCAGAUACAUACCGGGCCUUUUUCAUCCCUUGAAGACCUCAAGAAUGCAUUUUAUGCCGUUGAAAAGUUGUCUUCCGGCCAUUGUGACCCAGAUCUUAUUCACAAAAUUAAGACCAACAUAACAAGAGCAAACUCCCUUUUUGAAUGGUCUGACGGGAGUUUAGUCACAGCCAUGAAAACGGGACAGCAUUUUCUCCUUGAUGAAUUAUCUCUCGCAGACGAUUCUGUCCUUGAGCGGCUUAACAGCGUACUUGAAACUACAAGGACUGUGCUGCUGGCCGAGAAAGGCCCCGUUGACUCUCUUGUUACUGCUACUGAUGGCUUUCAAUUCCUUGGUACUAUGAACCCUGGAGGUGAUUAUGGAAAACGAGAGCUUUCUGCUGCAUUGAGGAAUCGAUUGACAGAGAUUUGGGUUCCAGAACUUCUAGAGGAUGAUGACAUAUUGCCAAUCUUGGAAGCGAACGUCAAACCAUCUCUGCGUAAUGUACCUCAAGGGAUGGUAUCUUUUGCAAAAUGGUUCAAGGAUAAGUUCCGAGGUUCGGCACAAUCCUCGAUAUCGGUCCGUGACUUACUGGCCUGGGCACAAUUUAUCAACUCUUGUACUCAACUAGAUGACCAAUCUGCUGUUAUACACGGGGCCUGUCUGGUCUAUAUUGAUGGCCUUGGCGCAAAUCCAUCUGCAUUGCUAGCAUCUACCUCUGGUGACCUUGAAAGGGAUAGACAAUCAUCCUUGGAGAAACUUGGGGAGCUAUUCUCGGUUGAUGCUCUGUCAAUAUAUAGUCAGAACUCCAGUAUGCAACUGGACGGGCAUACUUUGAAAAUUGGUCAAUUCUCAUUGCCUCUUGGAACUAACUCGAACCCAGAUUCCAAGUUUGCACUUGAUGCACCUACAACUUUACGCAACACAAUCCGUGUCGCCCGUGGCCUCCAAUCGAGCAAACCUAUUCUGUUGGAAGGAAGCCCUGGAGUUGGGAAGACCACACUUGUUGCAGCGCUAGCACAGAUUAUUGGGGUUCCACUUACUCGAAUAAAUUUGUCGGAGCAGACUGAUUUAACGGAUCUGUUUGGAUCAGAUAUACCCGUCGAUGGAGGUGACAUAGGUAGCUUUGCAUGGAGCGAUGCACCAUUUUUGCGUGCAAUGCAACACGGUGGAUGGGUUUUAUUAGAUGAAAUGAACCUAGCCUCACAAUCUGUGCUUGAAGGACUGAAUUCUUGUUUAGAUCACCGGCAGCAAGUUUAUAUUGCUGAACUUGGCCAAACGUUCCAACGGCACCCUGAUUUCGUUCUCUUUGCUGCACAGAAUCCCCAUCAUCAAGGAGGUGGGAGAAAGGGCCUUCCAGCGUCUUUCGUGAAUCGAUUUACUGUUGUUUAUGCGGACUCAUUUACCUCUCAUGACCUGCAAAUUAUUUGUCAGAGGUUAAGCCCCGCGUGUCCGGAAGAUAAAAUCAUCAAACUAGUUGAUUUUGUUACUAUGCUGAAUACGAAGCUACUCACUGAUCGUCGGCUUGGAGCUGUUGGAGCCCCUUGGGAGGUUAACCUUCGGGAUAUCUCUCGCUGGCUCAAACUGCUUACUUCUAGCCCUGCUGAGAUAUCACCUUCGCAAUACCUCGAUGUGGUCAUUUCACACAGGUUCAGGACUGCUCCCGAUAGACUAUCAAUUUCUCAACUAUAUCAUGAUAUAUUCGGAACGGUCCCCGACACGAAAAACUACUUCCACAAUCUCAGCCCUUACUCAUACCAGGUUGGCCUGGGAAAGCUGGACCGCAAUCAACAGUUGUAUGAAUUUUCAGUCAAUGAUUCGAAAGACUUCCCUCGCAGCUUGCAUCUAGUUGAGUCUAUGAUGCUCUGCAUAGAGAAUGCAUGGCCAUGUCUUUUAGUCGGGCCAUCUGGGUGUGGAAAGACUUCUAGCAUAAGACGACUUGCUGCUCUAAGCGGCGCUAAACUUGUUGAGCUUGCUCUGAAUUCUGAUACAGAUGCCAUGGAUCUCAUUGGUGGCUUUGAGCAAAGAGACAGACACCGGCAAUAUCUUUCAUUCGCAAGUGAAUUAAUCAGCCUUUUAAGAUACCAUAUUGUCAUCGCAUUCUCCCAGGCAGAGGAUAGCAGUGCAGCCUUGGGUCCGGAGUUGAUACAGCUAUACGAAAUGACGAUGCACAGCUCUUUCAGUCCACAAGAGCUCUUAGGUCCCCUCUCCAAACUAGCUCAACACCACUCUGACACAAUAUUUCAGGAUAUUCUUGAGCAAUGCAAGCAAAUUUGUGUCGAUGAAGCAGCAGGAGAAACCGGAUUCGAGUGGACUGAGGGUAUUCUGAUCCAUGCUAUGAAACAAGGCAGCUGGGUGGUACUUGAUAACGCCAAUCUUUGCAAUGCCACUGUUUUAGACCGCUUAAAUUCUCUUUUGGAGCCAAAUGGGUGCCUUAUCGUGAAUGAGCGCAAGUCUCCUGAUGGCCUUGCCCAGGUGAUCACACCGCACCCUGAUUUCCGAUUGUUCUUAACAGUUGACCCUCGACAUGGCGAACUGUCUCGAGCUAUGCGAAACAGAUCUGUCGAAAUUUUCUUUCUCAAAGAGGACGAAAUAAACCGGUCUUGUUUGACUGGCACAAGGCACUUGAAUGAAUCUGCCAUAUACCGUAUUCGGGAGUGUCACAAUUUGGUUUGUGUCCCUAAGCCCCUUGAGAGCGAUUCCAAAUCUCUUGAGGUUGGCCUUGAUCAUCUAUCGCCACAGGACGUGGCUUGUCUUCAACACUCUAUCAAGCGAGUCGCCCAGCUGUGGUCUAAGGCCUCCCCUGUGACUCCUGAAAAGGCAGAAUGUUUGGUUGAGAGCUAUAGCACUCUCCUGUGUCGCAAUGCGCUGGUUGGUCGAUUG